AUGAAAGAACGAACGACUGCUAUCGAUUGGACGGUGGGCAUAUUCAAUAUCAUCUUUGGUUUAUUAUGUUUGGCAGCAGCAGCAGGAAACAUCUAUCUUUAUGAUGUCUCAUUAAGAAUUAUUGCUUUGGCAGUAUUCUUUGUCAGCUCAGGCAUUUUGUUCAUCGUUCUUGAAAUCGUUCAUGCGGCCAAAUUCAUUCAAAGGCAAGCUUCCCAUCUUAACUCAUAUCAUGGUCGUGCAUUGAACUAUUUCAUCUUGGCAAUCCUUUCAAGUGAAUCAGUCUCAAUUCAUAAUCGUCAAUAUCGUCAAUUCAUUUGGUUAUGGGCAAUCACAAUCGCAAUGGCUUCUUUCUCAAUAGCAUUUGCAAUAAUGGCAAUCAUUUCUCCAUUUACAGAAAUGUUACCAUUACCAAAGAGUAUGGACUUUGUACGCGCUCAAGAAGAAAGUGGCGGUGCACUUCCAACAGGGGCCAGAAGACGAAGUGAUGGUCGUCAUGAAUAUCAAACCGCUUUGCCUCAACGCAGAUAUCACCGUACAAACUUAUCUGUAUACAGCAACGGAAGCGCGUUAGACUGUGAUGCAGAUAGGAGUGAUUUCAAAGUCAGACCCCUUUCUUUUGUUUCCCAACAAGGAGGUCAAAGGGUUGAUCAAAUGUACGAAAAACACGAAGGAUUCAAAUUUCCACACUCUCCUCCCAACAGCCUAAUGCAUACUGAUGACUAUCCCGCUUCAAGCAGCAAUCAUACAUUGAUCGAUAUGCAUAACGGAGCAAUGUGGAAAGAGCACAACAGUCCAUCAACUUCAAAUUUAGCCAGAAUCGAUACACAAAUACCUCGAUCGCGUGAUUCAAAGAGAGCUUCAACCGUUCAACAGAACGAUGUUCCCACUCCAAGAACCGGUGGCGUGCAACGUGCCCGCAAUGCAAAGAGACAUUCUGCUGCCCUUUCCAUCUCCUCUUUACGUUAUGAAACAUUCACAGAUCGUAGCAGUGGUAACGAAGGUGCUGACCAAUCACCAGGAAAGAAUCCGCUUGGCGUUUCUGCUUAUCACCGUGAAAUCUCUUACGAUGAUCCAGGCUGUCAUGAAAGUGAUCAAGAUGAUGAUGAACGUGCACCUUUGAGUCCACCCAUGCCGCUCUCCAAAGAUUCCAAUUACAAACGACGCAUCUUUGUGCCAUCAGUAGGCGCUGCAAUCGAUCUUUCCAGCGGCUCAGAAUCAGAAGGCAGUGAAGAUGAAGGCGAAGGUGUGGAUGACGAUGAAAGCGUGUACAGUAUGCCUUCCGGCAUUUCACCAGCUGAUGAUUUCAAACAGCACGUCAUGCCACGAGAAAGUACUACUGAUAGUCAAGUGGGUCGUCGCUUAUCCCGUGCUGAAACUCGAUCUGUUCGCCGAAAGAUUAAGCGUGGUAUUCAAAGAGCCUUUGCACAAGGCAAAUAA